UUUAAAGUGAAAAAUUGUCAGAUAUAAAUUGUAAAUAACUUAAAAAAAAGUUGAAUUUUCUCAUGAUUUAAACUAUGAUUAAGAAACUUAACAUGACGAAAUUUUGUGCGAAUUUGGCCUUUCUGUUUCCCGAAAGAAAUUUACUGGAACGUUACCAGUUAGCGAAAGAUGCUGGUUUCAAAGCUGUCGAGACUGGUUUUCCUUUCGGAUUCGAAAAAGAUGAGGUAGUUAAAGCUAAAAAUGCAGCUGGAAUUCAGCAAAUACUCAUAAAUAUCUACACAGGGGAUGUAACCAAAGGUGAAUUGGGUUUCGCAGCUAUUCCAGGCAAAGAAAACGAGUUUAAAUCAAGCAUAGAAAAAACUAUUGAGUAUGCUAAAAGUUUGGGUGCUAAAAAAAUCCAUAUCAUGGCAGGAAAACUUGAUGGAUGCCCUACAGAAGCCAACGAUUGUGCUUACGAGAACAAUUUGAGAUACGCUGUAAAACUUCUUGAAAAAGAAAAUAUACUAGGGCUUAUAGAACCAAUUAACAGCUAUUCUGUACCUAAUUAUUACAUGAAUUCUUAUGAAAAAGCUAUAUCAGUACUUAAACGAAUAAACAGCCCCAACUUGAGACUCAUGUUGGAUAUAUUUCAUCUCCAAUUGAUUAAAGGAGAUAUUACUCAUACGAUUCAACAACUUAAAGAAUACAUUGGACACGUUCAAAUAGCUCAGGCUCCCAACAGGAAUGAACCAAAUACACCUGGCGAAUUAAAUUUUAAAUAUAUUCUUGAUGUACUGUCCAAGGAAGGGUAUGAUUGUUGGAUUGGACUGGAGUACAAGCCUUUAGGAGAUACUAAAGAGGGUUUACAGUGGAUUCAAGAGCUAGGUUACAAUUUAUGAUAAAUAUCAGUGUUACCUGGUCAAAAUGUAUAUAAUUUACAGUGUAAUUGAACUAAUAUAAGAUUAAACAGGUGAUUUGUUAAAGAAAGAUAUUAAUAGAUUCAUUUAGUAAC